ACAGAGGUCGAUAAAUAGCCGUGUAACAUGGAAAUCAUCGGGAGGUCACACACAUAACAGAUCUCAGAGCAGCGUAAUUGUAGCCGUUGCUGAAUCACUACGGAGAGAGUACUCAGCCAAAUGGCGUACCGUCAGGUAAGCACUGCGCUGUUACAGCGUUUCAAUGAGCCUUCUGCUCGCUUCUUCCAUUCGACGGCGGCAGUAUGCAAGCAGGUGCCGCUAUCCAACCUCGAGAGGGACAAAUAUCUUCCCUACGAUAAGCUUAGCGCUAACAUUGAUAUCGUCAAGAAAAGGCUUAACCGACCUUUUACGCUAUCUGAAAAAGUGCUUUACUCCCAUCUCGAUCAACCCCAGUCAGAGGAGAUCGUCCGUGGCACAAGCUAUCUUAAGCUUAGACCGGAUCGAGUAGCCAUGCAAGAUGCUACCGCUCAAAUGGCCAUGCUCCAGUUCAUCUCUUCGGGUUUACCUAAGGUUGCUGUUCCGUCAACAAUUCACUGUGAUCAUUUAAUUGAGGCGCAGCUUGGAGGGGAUAAGGAUCUAUCGAGAGCUAAAGAUCUAAACAAGGAGGUCUACAAUUUUUUGGCGACUGCAGGCUCGAAAUACGGAGUAGGUUUCUGGAAGCCAGGCUCUGGUAUCAUCCAUCAGAUCAUUCUUGAGAACUACGCAUUCCCCGGUCUUCUGAUGAUCGGAACUGACUCACAUACUCCCAACGGUGGGGGUCUUGGUGGUCUCUGUGUCGGCGUGGGUGGCGCCGAUGCUGUCGACGUUAUGGCCGGUUUACCGUGGGAGCUUAAGUGCCCGAAGGUGAUUGGUGUUCACCUUACGGGUAAAAUGUCUGGGUGGACCUCUUCCAAGGAUGUAAUCACGAAGUUGGCUGGUAUUCUCACUGUGAAGGGCGGCACUGGUGCAAUUGUUGAAUAUUUUGGCCCAGGUGUGCAGAGUAUUUCAUGCACUGGUAUGGGUACGAUCUGCAAUAUGGGCGCAGAGAUUGGAGCUACAACAUCAGUGUUCCCAUUCAACUCACGUAUGGCUGACUACCUCGCUUCCACCAACCGCCGUGCUAUUGCUGAUGCUGCCGAACAAGUAAAGGACAAGCUCUUGUCCGCUGAUGCAGGCUGUAAGUAUGAUCAGGUUAUCGAGAUUAACCUGGACAGCCUGGAGCCUCAUGUAAAUGGUCCGUUCACUCCUGACGCGGCUCAUCCCAUCAGCAAGCUGGGCCAAACUGCCAAAGAAAAGGGCUGGCCUUUAGACGUCAAGGUUGGCCUGAUCGGCUCAUGCACCAAUUCGUCUUACGAAGAUAUGUCUCGUUCGGCUAUGUUGGCCAAGCAAGCUCUUGAUCACGGCGUUAAGUCUAAAUCCUUGUUCACUGUGACUCCCGGCUCGGAACAGAUCCGAGCGACCAUCGAACGUGAUGGACAGGCGAAGGUGCUUAAAGAAUUCGGUGGUAUGGUCCUUGCCAAUGCUUGUGGCCCUUGCAUUGGUCAGUGGGACCGCAAAGAUAUUAAGAAGGGUGAGAAAAACACCAUAGUCACUUCAUACAACCGCAACUUCACCUCACGGAACGAUGCCAACCCUCAAACGCAUGCCUUUGUCACCUCGCCCGAAAUGGUCACUGCUCUUGCUAUAGCCGGUCGCCUCGAUUUCAACCCACUUACUGACGAGCUUACAGGCUCUGACGGCAAAAAGUUUAAGCUCAAAGCUCCUGUUGGAGAUGAGCUCCCUCGCGCCGGCUUUGAUCCCGGACAAGACACGUACCAGGCUCCGCCCGCUGACGGAUCAAAUGUCAAAGUUGACGUUGAUCCCAAGUCACAGCGACUCCAACUUUUGUCACCCUUUUCGAAGUGGGAUGGAAAAGAUCUUAUAGACAUGGUUGUUCUGCUAAAGGCAAAGGGCAAAUGCACUACUGAUCACAUCUCGGCCGCGGGACCUUGGCUCAAGUACCGUGGCCAUCUGGAUAAUAUUUCAAAUAAUAUGUUUAUUGGAGCGAUUCCCGAAGAAAGCGGUGAAGCUAACAAGAUCCAGAACCGCGUAAGCGGCAGUUGGGGAACUGUUCCUGAAAUCGCCCGUGACUAUAAGGCCAAAGGACAGCCAUGGGUUGUUAUCGGAGAUGAAAAUUACGGCGAAGGCUCUUCUCGGGAACACGCGGCAUUGGAGCCCCGUCAUCUUGGAGGACGUGCUGUCAUCGUAAAGAGCUUUGCUCGAAUUCACGAAACUAAUUUGAAAAAACAGGGUCUCCUGCCUCUUACAUUUGCUGAUCCCUCCGACUACGACAAAAUUAAAUCAGACGAUAAAAUUUCCAUUGUUGGACUUAAUGGUUUCGCUCCUGGCAAGCCGUUGGAGUGCCACGUCAAGCAUAAAGAUGGCAAGGUUGACAAGAUUAUGCUGAACCACAGUUUCAAUGAGGGCCAGAUUGCUUGGUUCAAGGCUGGCUCAGCUCUUAAUCGCAUGAAGGAGCUGAGUGCUUGACUGUACAACUCGAACAAAAUCAGCUUCGAGUAGGAACAAAUUGAAGGCUACAACAAAUUAAUUCUACUAAUGUAAAGUGACUAAUUUAUUCUAUAUAUAACGGUGAACCAUCAGUCAAUGACAAUGAUAAUUAUGCUGUAACCUCAAACCACAAAUUACAUUACACAGCAAUAGACGGUGCGCCGAUUACCAACCGAAUGUGUUUACUUAGAGGUACGUGCAGAAUGCGAAAUCGUAGUAGGUAAGUACUUUCAUUUCGUAGAUGAAGUUGGGCAAUUAUUGUAUGUGGUGUAUGAGGAGCUGAACUAUGAACGACCAACAUGUGAUAUGGGAACACGAGGUGACGAAUAGAGAAAAAUCACCUCGAAUCAUUUCGGCUGAGUACUAGAUCAGCAUAUGUUUUACACAUCUUAUACAGAGAAAGCGGAAAAAAGGCACGAAAGGGAAAUAGUGUGAAAUAAUGCUGGGUGUAUACGACUACUUUCAGAGAUAAAUAUUCGGUGAAUCAAUAAAGCAUUGAGCCAAAACAUCAA